GCCAGGCCGCCCUCAUCUCAGCCCCGCCCUCCAGACCCCGCCCCCAGCCGCGGGCCCCGCCCCCGUCACCCCCGGGGCUGGAGACGCGUCCCCGGCGUGCGCGGCGGCCCUGGCGAGGGGCGCAGGAUCGAGGUACCGACCCUACCUCACAUCCUGGCUUACCCUACUGGGUGAAGGUGGGAUCCACUGACCAGACCCUGACAGCCUUCCUGGGCACCGGAGGUUUCAGCCCCGGCCGGCCACGACUCGCCUUUGUAGGAGAGCCCCUCACCCCUCAGAAGAGGCCCGGUCGGAAAAGCAGCGGACUGACAUUCCUGAGGGUCAGGGCUGGGCCACUGCCCUGCCCCCUAGGUUGGAAUUCCUGCUUUGCUUGGUCCUUCUGACCCUGACCUAGUUUCUUAAUUAUCCUGCCGCACUUGAGGCCUACAGCAUGCAGCCCCAGGAGAGUGGUGUCCACUACAGCCGGUGGGACAACAGCAGCCGGGAUGAAGUCAGCAUGACUGCUAUGUCCAGCUCAGAGGAGGCCUCAUGCUAUCGCAGGCUCUCCCAGAAGCUGUGCUCGGGCAAGCUGGGGAUCGCCAUGAAGGUGCUGGGUGGAGUGGCCCUCUUCUGGAUCAUCUUCAUCUUGGGCUAUGUCACGGGCUACUAUGUGCACAAGUGCAAAUAAAUGCUGCCCCAUCCCCA